CAGAGUCGGUCACGUGCCCAAAUACGGGAAGUGGGGGUUUGUGCAGCUUUCUGUCAGCGGUCAGUGAGGGGUACGUCGCAGCGGUGCCCUUCCCGCGUCGGUCUCCAAGGACCCGCCUCGCUGGCCCGAUCCGGCCUCGCGCUAGGAAAAGAUGACAGCAAUUAAGCAUGCGUUACAGAGAGAUAUCUUUACACCAAAUGAUGAACGCCUGCUGAGCAUCGUGAAUGUCUGCAAAGCCGGCAAAAAGAAAAAGAACUGUUUUCUUUGUGCCACAGUGACAACCGAACGCCCUGUGCAGGUGAAGGUGGUCAAAGUCAAGAAAUCGGACAAGGGAGAUUUCUACAAAAGACAGAUUGCCUGGGCCCUUCGAGACCUUGCUGUGGUAGAUGCUAAAGACGCUGUCAAAGAAAAUCCUGAAUUUGAUUUGCAUUUUGAAAAAAUCUAUAAAUGGGUUGCCAGCAGCACUGCUGAAAAGAAUGCAUUUAUCUCAUGCAUUUGGAAACUGAAUCAGCGCUAUCUCCGGAAGAAAAUCGAUUUUGUCAAUGUUAGCGCACAGCUUUUGGAAGAACUGCCUAAAGUUACAGAAGAAUCUGUUCCAAGUGGAGAAAAUCAGAGUGUGACAGGAGGGGAUGAAGAGGCAGUAGAUGAGUACCAAGAGUUAAAUGCAAGAGAAGAGCAGGACAUUGAAAUCAUGAUGGAGGGCUGCGAGUAUGCCAUCUCUAAUGCUGAGGCCUUUGCAGAAAAGUUGUCUCGAGAGCUGCAGGUGCUAGACGGGGCCAACAUUCAGUCAAUCAUGGCCUCUGAAAAACAAGUGACCAUCUUGAUGCAGUUGCUGGAUGAGGCUCUAAAGGAGGUAGAUCAGAUUGAGUUGAAGCUCAGCAGUUAUGAGGAAAUGCUUCAAAGUGUGAAAGAGCAAAUGGAUCAGAUCUCUGAAAGCAACCACCUAAUUCAUCUUAGUAACACAAAUAAUGUGAAACUCCUGUCAGAGAUAGAGUUCCUUGUGAACCACAUGGACUUGGCCAAAGGUCACAUAAAGGCCCUUCAGGAAGGAGAUCUUGCUUCUUCUAGAGGCAUUGAGGCCUGCACCAAUGCUGCUGACGCCCUCCUGCAGUGCAUGAAUGUCGCUCUUCGACCAGGCCAUGACAUGCUCCUGGCCGUGAAGCAGCAGCAGCAGCGUUUCAGUGACUUACGAGAGCAUUUUGCCCGGAGAUUGGCCAGUCACCUCAACAAUGUUUUUGUUCAACAGGGUCAUGAUCAGAGUUCGACUCUGGCUCAGCACUCUGUUGAACUGACUUUACCCAAUCAUCAUCCAUUUCAUAGAGACCUGCUCCGUUAUGCCAAGCUCAUGGAGUGGCUAAAGAGCACAGAUUAUGGGAAAUAUGAGGGGCUGACAAAGAAUUACAUGGAUUAUUUAUCGCGACUAUAUGAAAGGGAAAUCAAAGAUUUCUUUGAAGUUGCAAAGAUCAAGAUGACUGGCACAACUAAAGAAAGCAAGAAGUUUGCUACACUGCCUCGAAAAGAAAGUGCUGUCAAACAGGAAACAGAGAGUCUUCAUGGAAGCUCUGGGAAACUAACUGGAUCAACUUCUAGUCUAAAUAAACUCAGCGUUCAGAGUUCAGGAAAUCGAAGAUCACAGUCAUCCUCCCUGCUGGACAUGGGAAACAUGUCUGCCUCUGAUCUCGAUGUUGCUGACAGAACCAAAUUUGAUAAGAUCUUUGAACAGGUACUAAGUGAACUGGAGCCCCUGUGUCUGGCAGAACAGGACUUCAUAAGUAAAUUUUUCAAACUGCAGCAACAUCAGAGUAUGUCUGGAACUAUGACUGAGGCAGAGGACCUGGAUGGAGGAGCACUGUCACGGCAGCAUAAUUCUGGCACACUACUGCCUGUUUCAUCUGAGAAAGAUAUGAUUCGCCAAAUGAUGAUUAAAAUAUUUCGCUGCAUUGAGCCAGAACUGAACAACCUAAUUGCAUUAGGAGACAAAAUUGAUAGCUUUAAUUCCCUUUACAUGCUAGUCAAAAUGAGUCAUCAUGUGUGGACUGCACAAAAUGUGGAUCCUGCUUCUUUUCUAAGUACUACAUUGGGAAACGUUUUGGUGACUGUGAAAAGGAACUUUGACAAAUGCAUUAGUAAUCAAAUAAGGCAAAUGGAAGAAGUAAAGAUCUCAAAGAAAAGUAAAGUAGGAAUUCUUCCAUUUGUUGUUGAAUUUGAAGAAUUUGCUGGACUUGCAGAGUCAAUCUUUAAAAAUGCUGAACGUCGUGGAGAUCUGGAUAAAGCAUACACCAAACUUAUCAGAGGAGUGUUUAUUAACGUGGAGAAAGUAGCAAAUGAAAGCCAGAAGACUCCCAGGGAUGUUGUUAUGAUGGAAAACUUUCACCAUAUUUUUGCAACCCUUUCUCGUUUGAAAAUAUCAUGUCUAGAAGCUGAGAAAAAAGAAGCUAAACAAAAAUAUACAGAUCACCUUCAAUCUUACGUCAUUUACUCCUUAGGACAACCUCUUGAAAAACUAAACCAUUUCUUUGAAGGCGUUGAAGCCCGAGUAGCACAGGGCAUAAGGGAGGAGGAAGUGAGCUACCAGCUUGCAUUCAACAAGCAAGAGCUUCGCAAAGUUAUCAGAGAAUAUCCUGGGAAGGAAGUGAAGAAAGGUCUGGAUAACCUCUACAAAAAGGUUGAUAAGCAUUUGUGUGAAGAGGAGAACUUACUUCAGGUGGUGUGGCACUCCAUGCAAGAUGAAUUUAUACGCCAGUACAAGCACUUUGAAGGUUUGAUAGCUCGCUGCUAUCCUGGAUCUGGAGUUACAAUGGAAUUCACUAUUCAGGACAUUCUGGAUUAUUGCUCCAGCAUUGCACAGUCCCACUAAGCAGUAUGGAAGGAGAAAAGAGAAAUGAGCAAGUGCUAUCAGUGCACCAGACACUACAUAAAAAGUUAAGCAAGUGCUUUGAGAGGCCAGACUCAAAAGCUUAUGUGUUGCUAAAUGUCAGAUAAAUGCAUAAUACUAUGCUGCAAAUAUUUAAGUGUGAAAGUACCAACCUGUGGAGCAUUUAUUUGAUCCAUAACGUUGUGUACCAUCUUAAAGCAUUUAUCUCAUCAUGAAAUGCUUUUUGCAUUUCCCAGUGACUGGACAGAAAAUUUUCCUGUAUUACCCAGCUCUUGUGUUUGACAGUGGCUGUCCUGUGUGUAAAAUGCACUGGGAGUUCUUCAACAUUUAGCACUUCUCUGUUACUUACAAAUCAUAGGACUACUAAAAUCUUGCACAGAA